GUGAAUAUGGCUGAAGAGGAGACAUUCAAACUGAUGGGCAUGUGGAUUUUAUAGCUUCACACCACAGGACAUCCCCUAACUCUAUGUAUGCUGUUGGACUUCAGCCUUUUGCUCUUUGCUUUUCUGGGACUAAAUGAAAGGAAUGUGGCAGCAGAUGUGAAGGAAACACUCACCUGGAGAGAGACUCUCUCUUUGGACUCCAGAAAACCAGGAGCAGCAUCAAUGCCGUUUCUGCACUUCCUGCAAGCAUGAAAACAAGGUUCCCUUAAGUGAGCCCCCAGCCCAACCCUAAACUUCCUCUAUAGCCAGCUCCCAGAAACUUGUAGCCUCUGCACACUAUGUUCUCCUCUACCUUCCUGAGUGGGGGUAAUCCCUUGAGUGCCAUGUCUUCUGCAGUAAACAAGUUUAGUCUAUUUGGGGACGAGUCUGGACAGGACAAGCAGCAGGAAGCUCGAGAGCAGAAAGACACUAAGCGGCAGCAGGAUGGAGUGCUUGACACACAAGGACCUCCAAAGGAAAGCAAACCACAGCAGCCAGGAGUGGGAAUGGGUGAAGCUGGUAUGGGAGGCCCCCAGCGACAAGACAUGGGAAAGGCAUUGCCUCCACCAAAGGGAUUGCAUGGGGGUGGAGCUCAGCAGCAAGACCCCCCUCUCUGUCCAAUCUGUAAAAAUACAGAACUCAAUUUUAUAUCCAAAGGACCACCCAACCAUAACACCUGCACCCAGUGUAAAUCAGCUGUCUGCCGCUUGUGUGGGUUUAGUCCACCAGAUGCAGCUACUGAGUGGCUGUGCCUCAACUGCCAGAUGCAGCGGGCCGUUGGAGGUGUAGAACCACCUACUCCCCCCACAAAGAAACUGCCAACUCAGCCCAGCAAAGGUUCCACACCAUCUCAGCCAUCUGGAAAAAGAAGUCCGUCCCCAGCACCAAAUAAAGACACUCCACCUGGUAAAGGGUUGUCAUCUGCCAAUCAGCAAACCAAACUAUCUGACAGUCAGAAACCAUCAGGACAGUCUUGCUCACCUAUAGGAAAACGAAUCAGUGCUACCACAGCUCCAGCUUUACAACAAACACCAUCCCAGCAGCAGACAGCAAACGAAACCCCUUCCCCUGUAAAGUCUAAACUAUCAACUAAGACAGAUCCACCUGUGGAGCAAUCAGGAUUUUUUGGGUUUGGCUUUGGAAGUGCUCACGGUCAAUCUCGAGCCACAUCCCCCUCCCCUCAGCCUCCUGUUUCAGCAGUUUCUGAGAAGGUUCUAGGCUUUGGUUCCUCCUUUUUCAGUUCUGCAUCUAAUUUGAUUUCAUCAGCUGUCCAGGAUGAAAAAUCCACAACAGCUUCUAAGGACUCUACUAAGCCCCUUGCAUCCCAAGCACCAGAUGAGAAGAAAACAGAGCAAAAGAAAUCUGAAGAAACACAACCAACCAAAGCAACUGUAGCCCAAACUAAAAAUGAACCAACCUCUCCACAGCCUCAAAAAGCAGAUAGAAGCAGUCCAAAACCAUUUCCACAGUCCUGCCCAAUCUGUAAGGUGGACCUCAAGAAGGAUCCUCCUAACUACAACACCUGCACUGAGUGUAAAAACAUUGUGUGCACCCAGUGUGGCUUUAACCCUAUGCCUCAUCAGUCGGAGGGAAAAGAUUGGCUUUGUUUAAACUGCCAGACACAAAGAGCACUACAAUCAGAAGGAACUCAUUUACUGAAGCCCCAGCCCCAGCCCCAAGAUGCUCCAACACAAGUGAAGGAUGCAGGUCCAAAACAGAAACAGACCACAGCCCAGCCAUCAAAGAGUACUUCUACCAACAAGACAAGUACCUCAAAAGAAGACCCACGUAACCAGAAUGCUCAACAAAAGCCGCCCACUCAUCAGACAGCAAAAAGUAACCUGCCUCCACAGAAGGGAGUGCCACCUCAAGAGGAUUCAGGUUUCUUUAGGUUUGGCUUUGGUGGUGCACGUUCUCGAUCCCCAUCUCCUCAGCCUGCAGUAUCUGCUGUUUCUGGGAGGGUUUUAGGCUUUGGCUCCUCCUUCCUUAGCUCUGCAUCUAAUCUAAUCUCAUCAGCUGUUCAAGAUGAGCCUUCAACCACACCAUCAACCUCUUGUAAAGGUUCCACAGUGUCUCAAAACUCUGCCAGUGCAACCAGUACACCUCCUGCAUCACACAAAGAAUCCGCAGCAGCACAAAGAGCUGGGAAAGAGACCAAACCCUCAACUACACUGAAAGAAGAGAUUCCGGGACAGCAAAAUGAUCAGCAACCCAAGACACCUUUAACUGAAGCGAAGAUGCCAGAACUCUCCUUAUAUAUGCCAAAACUAGAUAAGGAUACUCAGCCUCUUCCCAAAGCUUGCCCACUCUCCUGUCUGUAA